UUUUCGCGAGAAGUAGACAAAGAUGGAUUGAUGCUUCGAAGCAUUUGUAGUGUGGCUUGAACCUUAUCUGGACAAUUUUGUUCGAAAAAAACAGCUCCAAUCCUUAGUGUGAUACGAGUUUAAUAGCAAAGGUAGUUGAUACACAUACAACAUAACCUUUACAGAUAGACGCAGGUUUGCCUAAUAAUUCCUUUUGUUUGUCAUUUUAUAUUUUUCCUCGACUCGUUGAAGAUGAGUACUCAUGGAAGAGCUGAAACCGAUAGGCUUAGGAAGAAUCUGGAGGAACAAUUGGAUCGACUUGUGCAACAAUUAGAAGACCUGGAAGAAGACAGAGUUUCUUUAGAUGAGACAGAUUACCAAGAAUGUAAAGAAGACACAAUGGCACAACUUCGUGAGUUUAACGACAGACUGCAAAGAAUGAUAUCUGGAGAUAUGACCUUAGUCAAUGAACUUGGUGCAAUACAAUUGGCAACUCAAGCUGCUAUCAGUGCUGCUUUCCAAACACCAGCUGUAAUAAGAAUGUUUGGUAAACGUGAGCCUGAUGGACUUAAAGAACAUCUCUUACAAAUUGAUCGUGAUGUAAAAUUAGGAAAAUUAAGUAAAGAAGCUGCUGAUUGCCAACGCGGAGAAAUAUUAAGUGCAUUAAGGCAGCUUGGAGAGAAAUUGGAACCUUCUGAAUUACAGUUGUUGGAACGAUUAUCCUUAAAUAGUGUAGAUACCACCAGGUAUGUACAAGUUACAGAAACAGUAGGAAAGAGUAAAAUGGCUCUAGAUGUAGUGGGGAAGGAAGUUAGAGCUACCCAAGAUACUUAAAGUGUAUCAAAGUCAUACAAUUAAUGAUAUCAACACUGUUGUUAUUAAAUAUUUCCUUUUUUUAACUUGUUGCUAACAGUUUUCAAGUUUUCUCUUAUUGAGCAAUUGC